AUGAAAAGAGAAAAGAGUGAAUACUUCAAACUGAGGAGGACCUGCCACAGCAAGACUGACUGGGUGGACAUCAAAUUCAAAGGGGGUGUUCUGCAACACCCACUGCAGCAGGAUGGAGAUAGCUGUGGGGUACUUGUAAUCAUGAUGGCAAACGCAGUCAUGGAGGCCUUUCCGAAAAUACCAAACAUUGCAUUUGUGUUUGACAUAGAUAACAACUGUGCCAUGUGCUCAGCGACAAAACCACCAGGUCCAGGGCCUUCCUUCACUGACUGGUCUUGCCUUCAGUUGCCAUUCUUGGCAGGAGACUCCGACCUAGAUCAACUGACAAAAAUAUUUGAAGCAUUGGGAACACCAACAGAAGAAACGUGGCCGGGGAUGACCAACCUCCCUGACUAUGUGUCAUUUAAGCUAUUCCCUGGAACUCCCCUUGAGCAUAUAUUCAGCGCAGCUGGAGAUGACCUUCUGGAGCUACUGCAGGGAUUAUUCACCUUUAACCCCUCUACCCGGCUCACAGCGACACAGUCUCUUAAGAUGAGGUACUUCAGUAACAGGCCGGGACCAACCCCAGGACCUCAGCUUCCACGGCCAAAUUGCUCAACAGAAGCCCUCAAGGAGAAGGAGAACCUCGUUAUUGGGACUAAAAGGAAACGUGAUGCCAUAUCUGAGGGGACUGUGUCCAAGAAAUUGGUAUUUUGAGUGAGACUUUUUACUGUCUGAGGCGGAGGUUCAUGACAUUUCCGCGAUUAUGUUCCAUGGUUUGGUCAGGAAUUCAGGAAACUCAACACAAAGGUUUGAUGACUGAGCCUGCUAAAAAAAAAAAUCUAUUCGUCUGCUUGAACGGAAUAGUGGCAUGUAUUUUUGUUUUUCAAUGUAAUUAUUUUAUUUUUGUAGAUGUUUUGUAUGUGCUCUGCAUAAUUAAAUUAUGAUGAAUUUGU